CUUGAUUGGCAGAGCCAAGCUAGCCAAGCCUAGCUAAGCUAAGAACGCCAAUUCGUUCCAUUCCCAAGUUUCGGUGUUCACUUGCGGUCGACCCGAGGGGAGUAUAAACGCCGGUCCAGUUUCGUUCGUCGUUGCAAACGCCAAUAACAUGUCUAAGGAACCUGUCCGGGUGCUCGUUACUGGCGCAGCAGGCCAGAUUGCCUACUCGCUGGUGCCAAUCAUUGCCAAGGGCCAUGUGUUUGGUUGUGACCAGCCCGUGGUUCUGCACUUGCUGGACAUCCCGAUGAUGAUGGGCGUCCUCAAUGGUGUCGUCAUGGAGCUGGUUGAUUGUGCUUUCCCUCUCCUGAAAGAUGUGGUGGCCACGGAUGAUGAGAAAGUUGCCUUCAAUGGCAUUGACGUGGCCUUCUUGGUGGGCUCGAUGCCCCGCAAGGAGGGCAUGGAGCGCAAGGACCUGCUCGCUGCCAACGUCAAGAUCUUCAAGAGCCAGGGGCGUGCCCUCGACCAGUAUGCCAAGAAAUCUGUCAAGAUUCUCGUGGUGGGCAACCCAGCGAACACAAAUGCCCUGAUCUGCUCCAAGUACGCCCCAUCCAUUCCCAAGGAGAACUUCUCGGCCAUGACACGUCUCGACCACAACAGGGCCAAGGGACAGAUUGCCCAGAGGUUGAAGGUGUCGGCUGCGGACGUGCACAACGUCAUCAUCUGGGGCAACCACUCGUCCACUCAGUUCCCUGAUGCCAGCCAUGCCUCAGUCACUCUGAAUGGCCAGAGUGUCAAGGUCACCGAAGCCAUCAAGGACGAAGCCUACUUCCAGGGCGAAUUCCUCACUACUGUACAGAAGCGGGGUGCAGCAGUGAUUGCGGCACGCAAGCUCUCCAGUGCCAUGUCGGCUGCCAAGGCAGCGGCUGACCAUGUGCACGACUGGUGGCAGGGCACCCGUGAGGGUGAAUGGGUGUCCAUGGCAGUAAUGAGCGACGGGUCGUACGGCUCACCAACCGAGGUGGUUUUCAGCUACCCGGUCCAGAUCGACGCCCAGAAGCGCUGGCGCAUUGUCAGCGGACUGCCCAUGUCAGACUUUGCCCGGCAGAAGAUCGAGGCCACGGGCAAGGAGCUUGUCGACGAGCGCAAUGAUGCCCUGGCUGUCUGCAGGGAUUGACGGGGCGCCCCGUCUGCAGCCAAGCUCUGACAACCCUCCUCCCCCCACCCUCUGUUCUCUUCCACAACCUCAAGUCUCGCCAGUUGCUGCCCACACCGCUCUCUCAAGCAUAAUAGACUCGUUCCUGCCAGGUUCUUUUGCAGCUGUUUGCUGUCAGCCCAAAAGCAAAUGCAUGUUUAAAAAAGGAAGAUGGAAAAGUUCUCAAUUGGCUCCGUUACAAGUGGGUGACUGUGUGGUGUUAAUAAAGUCACAAGACUCAAUGCAGGGCACUGGUCACAUGGGAAUCAAGUGUGCUCUAAUUAUAAUGGCAACCGUGUCGGUGAUCUGUGGCUUUUUUCGGGCACCGGAUGGUGAUGGACAUUCACUGAGCUACAUACAGUUCACGUGAAACAUUUGUUUUGCUCAGGCCACGUGGUACAGUGCAGUGGCUACUCGCUUGUUUAUCACAGCACCCCAUAAAAGUCAUUGCAGUACAGACUUCAUCAGGGUAAACUGUGGGAAGGUAACAACCAAUAUCUUUGGAGCCGAGCUCAAAUCUAGGUGGCCAAAAUUCUCACCGGUGGCUGUAGUGCAUUAGCAUAGAACGUGUUGAACACAUGACGAUAUGGUUUUCCUUGGCAUAAUGACAUAACCAAUUUCUUUCACAUUGUCCGACAAAGCAAUUGGCGAGAUUGCAGGGGUUGGCCCCCUUCUGUUUUUCCCUUCUUCUAGUCCCUGUUUGUAACGUAGCAAUGGUGUGACUUCAUUUCUAGCAAGUACCUGACACGUUCAAGUGAACCAAGGUCUCACGGGCCGCCCUUGCCUCCACCAUGUGGGCAGUCAUGUCGCUCGCAAAGUUUGCACUGCAAAAGCAACUUCGAAUCUGAAACAUUGAAGCUCAAGACGUGCCUACGUCGUUGGUUUGCACAUUGCUUUGCGUUUGCUGCAAAUUCGCGCUAAGGACCUUUCACUUAAUGUGCGGCGAAAAGUAGUGGGUAAGGACAUCCCUCCUUCCCUCUGAAACAAUAGCCCAGAUGGUUUGCUGUAGUCGCAGUAUUAUAGGAAAUAAGAUAAGCCUAGCACCCUAUUUUACCAACAAGAGGCUUCCACGUUGAAGAUGUUCUCUUAAACUGCACAUUCUCGCAAAUGCGUCACUGUGUUGCUACAGGUAAAAUUUCUCUUGUGGCCAAUCUAGGGCUUCUGCCCAAGAAACUCUCACAAUUCUUUAUUUAAGAUUGGUAUAUGUACUUCUUUUCUACGCACGACUCUUGAUUUCUUCUUUUCUUACGGCUGUAGACGGAGCUAAGAAAAAUUGAAGGCAGUUCACGCUGCCCAGUACAGUAAUAAUGAAACACUAACUGCGGGCUGCGGUAAAUUAUGCCUCACUAACAUCGGGUGCUUUGUUUGCGGUGACACCACCACUUAUCUCUAAGACUACAUGUAUGCUUAGAAUGGAAAGUUCACGAGUGAAUGUGCAUUGCUCCACGGCACGAGUGCAGUAGCAAUGGCUUGCGUGGGCUGUAAAUGUAUAGGCAACAAAUGCUGUUUUUAGUAUCGUUCAGUGCAUGAACUGAUGCAAGACAUGCUUCUUCUGUGUCAUAAAAAAUUGAAGGACUUUCUUUUCAUUACAAAAAAAAAAAAGUUGGCUCUCUGAAAACUGCUGUGACAUCCAGCAGUCAAGAAUGGGAAUCUACAAAAAAAGUGAUUCCGCAAGCUGAACUUCACCAGUGCAUUCUGAGACGUACUAUACGAAGCAACGUUCAAAAAUUUUGCUCGUUUGUCUGAAGCCGCAUUCAUGUGGAUGCCACUUUUGUCAUGUUUAAUGAAAUGCCGUGUAGAAAAACUGGUUUCUUUAAUAAAGCUUUGCUUGGGGGUGUCGGGAAAAUCACUGA